AAUUCUUCUGAGAAUUCUCACUUUCCAUGGAAUUCAAUUUCCGUGUGGUGAUAUCUGUUUGUUAUCCAUUUGUACGAGUGUUGUUAAGGUUGUGAUUGGAUGUGUGUCACUAGGGUUAGGGUUUUCAAGCUCUUGCCAUAAUAUUUAUUCAAUUAUAUAUGAAAUAGAAACCUGAGGGCUUCUAGUAGCUGUGAAUUUCAAAAUGCAAUCCGGGAAGCAUGAUAAUUUCAAUAAGCAAUCCCCAGCUUCUAGAUUUAGUGCCCACAACCGGCUCGAAUCGGGUACUGAACCGUAUAGUGGUAGUAGGAGGAGUAAUAUACGGCGUGAGGCGGCUGAUCACUCUAUUAGGGGGACUUUGAGCCCUCACGAAUUGCAACAGGAUGUGGGUGUGAGUCAAAGGACUGAUUAUAUUGAUAGGAGGGACUAUGGUUGGCAUUUGGGUGGUGGUAGGACUGAUCGUGUGAGGCAGAGGUCAAGAUCGGCGUCACCAGUGCAACCUUUUGGCAACAUGCGGAAAAGGCCGCAUUUUGAUGAAGGGGUUGGGGUUUUGCGUAGGAAUUAUUCACCGCCGCCACAGGUACCAGUUCGUUCGGAGUUACCACGCAGACAAGAAUUGGCUGAGCCUGGAACAUAUAAUGCAACUGAUGAUUUGAAUAGUAGACGAGUUUACGGGUCUGACCAUAAUGAUUCUAGAAUCAGUAAAGAAGAAUUAAAUGAAAUCGGAUUGUCAGCUGGUGAUAAACAUGGGACGUUGAGUCAAAAAUCAGUGCUUAUGGAAGAUGGUGCGGUAAGGGGAUCAAAAUCUGUCCUUACCGAAGAUAACACUGUACUAGGAACAUAUUGGCCGCCUCCAGACCCGUAUCCUGUGAUAACUCCUGGGGAGAGUGGUGCCCACUUGCCAUCAUCAUCACGAAGCAUGAAUAUACGCCAUUUUGAGCAAGAAAGACUUCAUUAUCUGGAUCCUGUUGCUUUGGAUAGAUUACCGGUGACGAAAUCCUACAAAGGAGAGAACCCCAUUUUUCCUUCAAGGGAUGGUGUGCACCCCAUGAUGUCAGGUGCUCAUUCGGAGGAUUUCCUUGCUAGCUCCUCCACAGGCAUAAGGAGUGAAUUUCAGGAAUCUUAUCGGGGUGGCAUGCACUUGCCUUCUUUGGAUGAAUUUUCAAGUAGCAGCCGGAAACUUACAGAUUCCUUUAGCAUCAAUGCCUAUAAGCAAAGGCCACUAGCCGAUUCUUCUAGAGACCCUGAUUCUGGCAAGAGGAAUCUUUCAUUUUACCAGAGAUGUAGUCCUACUAGAGGUGAGCAUGAUGAUUAUUUUCACACCAAAUCAAGGGGAAUGGCAGUUGAUGAUCGUGGAUAUCCAUCUGAUGACUUACACAAAAUGAUGCAUCCACGAGCACCACUAAACAUUGAUCAUACUCAAAUGGUUUAUAAUCAUGGAAAUUUUUCAAGACCUAGUAUUAUGAACCCUGCUAUGGACAGAUUAGAUAAUACUGAGGAUUCUUCUGGAAACUCAAGAAAGGGCAUUAUGCUGAAUAAUCCUACAUUGCAAAGGCAAUCAUUAUCAGACUACCCUGAUAGAAGCAGGAUAUCAGAGGCAUCAAAACAUGGUGGGACAUAUUUGGGUUCUGGAUGCACACAUGACGACUUUGGAAGGAGAAUGUCACAAGAUUAUGAAAUAUGCCAUUUUGGUGCGUCACAGGAUUGUCAGAUCUCACACCUGAAAGCAGAUUAUGGUUUGGAAAGAGAUGUGAGUAUGAAGUAUCAGGACAGGCUGUCUCCUCUGCCUACAUAUGAUUCAGAAAUGCGUAGGCAUACUAUUGGAAUGCAGAUUAGGAGAGAGGAGCUUGGAAUAUAUGAACCAUCAGAUAGGGUGCUCAAAAGAAACUAUGUUAUUGGAGAAGAUACAAGUACACAUAAUCCUAGAACAUUUAUGUCUGAUAAAUGGAGGUCUAGAGAAUUCCAGGAUUUAUAUGAUAGUGGUGAAGAGUGGAAUGAUGGAGAUGUAGGCAAUUUGUAUACAUCUGCUUCAGCUGGAUUUGACCAUAAUAGAUACAGUAAGGCUGAGAGGGGGUUUGUUGGGCGAAACUAUCAUGAUGAAUAUGCAUCCGAUGAUUGGUUGCCAUCUCAACGCUCUUUGGCACAAGCACAAAGGCAUUCAGUCAGAUUUUAUAAACAUGGUGAUCGGUAUUUAAAGGGUCAUCGAAAACCUGGUUCAUUAAGUAGACAUAAGUUGAACCACACUGAUAUAAAAAGUGGUGUUCACAAACAGAACAGAGUUUGGAAAAGAAAUGAUAAUUAUCUAGAAGAUGUCCAUGCAGAUGAUGGUAAUGAUGCUGAUCCAUCAGAAAAUGGGAUGAGCUCUACAGGUCCUGAGCCAUCCGAGGAUUCUGUGGAGUUUAUGCAAAUGGUACAUGAAGCCUUUUUAAAGUACUCUAAAAAGCUAAAUAUGAACACGGCUGUCCAGAGAAGAUACAAGGAACAAGGAAAGGCUGGUACUUUGUUCUGCAUCGUAUGUGGCCGAAGCUUCUCAAAGGAGUUCAUGGACACUCGACGUUUGGUAACACAUGCAUUUAUGUCUCACAAAGUUGGUUUGAGGGCACAGCAUUUGGGCCUUCUCAAAGCAGUUUGUGUUCUGUUGGGGUGGAGUACUGUUGUUCCCUCUGACACUGUCACAUGGGUUCCCCAUAUCUUGCCCAAGGCAGAAGCUUUGGCUCAGAAGGAAGAUUUGAUUCUCUGGCCUCCAGUUAUUAUUGUCCACAAUAUUUCUAUGUCAGACAACAAUCCUCAAAAUUGGAAGGUGGUUACCAUUGAAGCGCUUGAGGCUUUUCUAAGAGGUAAAGGUUUAAUCAAAGGAAGAAUCAAGAUGUGCCUGGGGAAGCCUGCUGACCAGAGUAUGUUGGUGGUGAAGUUCUUAGGAACUUUUACUGGACUGGGGGAUGCAGAGAGAAUUCAUAAGCAUUUUGCGGAGCAUAAGCGUGGGAGAGUAGAUUUUGAGCAAGCAACAUCCUCCAAUGGAGAAAUCAGAGAGGCAGGAAUGNNGGGAGACAACGUGGAGGAGCAAAUUCUAUAUGGGUAUAUGGGGAUUGUGGAGGACUUGGAUAAAGUAGAUUUCCAUACCAGGAACUGGACUGUGAUAAAGAGCAAGAAGGAGAUUCAGGACCUGGCCGAUGCUCCUGUCAAACCUGAUGAGAGGUAGCUCAUAGCUGUGCACAAACACUAAUUCAAGGAGGUUUAGUUGUACUUUCCUCAAAAGAUACUCGAAAGAAAACAGAACAGAAAAUAUCAUGCAUAAGAACUGAAGUCACCUCUAGCUUUUAUUAUUAGUGCAAAUACUCUCUAUUCUGAACUCAUGGAAAGCCUUAUAUUUUGCGCGUCAUAUAAGACGUGGUACCUUCCAUUAUAUAAAAAAGCUGAUUUGUUGUAAUUUGUAGUCAUGUUUGUAAAAGGCCAAGUUGGCUUAACUCCAUUACUGAGGCUGCCUAUCCUGUGUUGGACUAGUUUCAUGAAUGAAAUGCCGUUUGGAUUCUAUAAAAA